AUGCUCAGAAACGGCGGAGGAACCGGUUUCUCGGUAUGGCCUCCUGAAGCCCCAGCUUGCUUCACCGACUCGCUCGUUGUGGUACCUCUACCUUCUGGAACUUUUCCACUUUUAAGAACUGGUUCAUAUUAUGCAACAGUACAGUUAGCGGAGAAAGAUCAAGAUUCAAAGAUGCAAAUUUUCGUCAAGACCUUAACCGGUAAGACCAUCACUUUGGAAGUCGAAUCUUCCGACACCACUGACAACGUCAAGGCUAAGAUCCAAGACAAGGAAGGUAUUCCACCUGACCAACAAAGAUUGAUCUUUGCUGGUAAGCAAUUGGAAGAUGGUAGAACCUUGUCUGACUACAACAUCCAAAAGGAAUCUACUCUUCACUUGGUCUUGAGAUUGAGAGGUGGUAUUAUCGAACCAUCUUUGAAGGCUUUGGCUUCCAAGUACAACUGUGAAAAGUCUGUCUGCAGAAAGUGUUACGCUAGAUUGCCAGCCAGAGCUACCAACUGUAGAAAGAGAAAGUGUGGUCACACUAACCAAUUGCGUCCAAAGAAGAAGUUGAAAUAG